AUGAGAGCUCGUGACUCGUUACAGUUACAAGCAUGUCGAUAGUAUGCGGCAGAACUAUCGCCAGACCACCACAAGUUCCUAAAGCAAAAAAACAUUAACUUUGAUAUUAAAACUAAAUGCUUUGAUUACAUAUACGCUGCCGGCGCAAUGGACACAUACUCGGUGGAUAUAGUAUAUCAAGCGAUCAAUGCCUUAUUCCAAGGCAGCAACCCCAAGGAACAGGAAAAGGCCAACAAAUGGCUGCAAGAUUUCCAAAAGUCUAUCUACUCAUGGACCAUAGCCGACGAGCUACUGCACCAGAAACGUGAUUUGCAUGCUAACUACUUUGCCGCACAGACUAUGCGUAACAAAAUACAAAACUCGUUCAGCGAACUGCCGCCGCACACACACGAAUCGCUGAGAGACUCGCUCAUAACACAUAUUGGCCAAAUAGAUGAACAGACAGACAAUGUGAUAGUGACACAGCUCAGUCUAGCAGUGGCCGACUUGGCGUUGCUAAUGGCCACGUGGCAGGAACCUAUAAGCGAUCUGCUAAAGACACUCUCACCAUAUCCCAAAGCCAUUUGGCCACUGUUGGAAGUUCUAAAGGUGCUACCCGAGGAAAUAGACUCGCGCUAUUUACGCUUAGGCGCCAAUCGCCGCGAACAAGUGCACAAACAGUUUGACGCCAGUGCCGAGUGUGUGCUGGAGUUUCUGUGCAUGUGCGCGCAACGUGAGGAUUUGGAUCAGCAGCGCAUAUGGAAUGCAACGUUGCGCACUUACAGUGCCUGGCUGGUUAUACACGCCUUUCCGCUAACACACAUCUGCGAUAAUGCGCUCUCACAGCUCGCGUUUCGUCUGCUCAGCCAGCCGGCGGAGACAUCAGGCAAACUGCACGACAAUGCCACCGAAUGCGUUUGUGCCCUGCUUAGUUGCAUGGGCGCGCACAGCGGUAGUCUGGAGGUGGAACCACAGUUGAUGCGUACCUUUGAGGCCAUCUGCCAGCUAGAGCCGGCUUAUCAUCUAAGCGUUGCGCAUGAAGAUACGGAUAAGACAAUUAAUUACUGUCGCAUUUUUACCACACUCUGCGAUGUGUUCUCCUUGGAUAUACUCGAGCAGCAGCAUGCAAUGAAGGCUUUAGACCUGGUGCUACUCUGUGUUGGACAUUUUGACUAUGAGGUGGCCGAAAUAACCUUUCAUCUGUGGUACAAAUUGAGCGAGGAUCUCUUUCAGCGUUACGAUGAUAAGCUCUGCGCAAGGUUUCGCCCGCACAUAGAGCGACUGAUUAGCGCCCUCUACAGGCACGCGCAAAUGGAAAGCGAUCAUGAUGGUCUCAUUGAGGAGAACAAUAACUUUUAUGACUUUCGCCGCAAGGUGUCUGAUUUGCUAAAGGACGUAGCUUUCAUUGUGGGCUCCGGUGCAUGCUUCAAGCAAAUGUUUAUUAUACUACAAGCACCGAAUGCCACCUGGGAAUCUAUAGAGGCGGCGCUAUUUAUAAUGCAAAACGUAGCAAAGAAUAUUUUGCCCGAGGAGAACGAUGUGAUACCGAAAGUGGUGGAGGCCAUACUCAAUAUGACGGAUCAAACUCACAUUGCGGUGCGCUAUACCUCCAUUAUGCUUAUCGGCGAACUAUGCGACUGGAUUGAGAACCACUCGGAACUGCUAGAGUCAGUGCUCAAUUUUCUUUUGUAUGCUCUGCAGCAGAAGAACGGUCUUGCCUCGGCGGCUGCCAUAGCGUUGACAUCCAUAUGUGCCGCCUGCAGGCAGAAAAUGGUUUGUCACAUUAGUGGACUGGUGGAGAUUGCGCGCAGCUUAGACAGCUUUCAGAUAAACAACGAUGUAGCCAUUGGUUUGCUUAAAGGCAUAUCGCUAAUACUGACCAGGCUGCCGCGCGAGCAAUUGCAGCCGGCCAUGCGUGAGAUUGUGGGCUUUCAGCUGCAGCCGCUGGCCCAGCUGCUGGAGUCCAACAAUAGUAGCCUGGAGAAGGGCGAACGCAAUGAUCCCGCCUAUUGGAUAGAUCGCGCUUGUGCGAUUAUACGCCACACCAAUCCCGAUGUGCCUGACAAUGUGGAGCAUCCAACGGUUGCAAUAUUAAACGAUGCGUGGCCACUGGUAUCACGCGUACUGGACAAAUACCAGAAUGACCUGCGUAUUAUGGAGCGCACCUGUCGUCUUAUACGCUACUCCGUGCGCAUGGUGCGCAAGCAGGCCGUAAUGCUGGUUGAGCCACUUAUCAAACAAAUUGUGGUACUCUAUGCGGUACAACAUCACAGCUGUUUCCUCUACGUUGGGUCCAUACUGGUGGAUGAGUUUGCCAAGACUAAAGAGUGCAUAUCGGGCUUGCUCGAAAUGCUGCAGGCUUUUAUUGAGCCCACCUUUAGUCUGCUGCAGCAGGAAAACGGUCUACGAAAUAAUCCGGAUACAGUUGAUGACUUCUUUCGCCUGGCCUCACGUUACUUGGACUGCUGCCCACUACAGCUAUUGCAGAGUAGUCUUAUCACACCCAUUUUUCAGUGCGCCUUAAUAGCCUGUUCACUGGAUCAUCGCGAAGCGAACUCGUCUGUCAUGAAGUUCUUUAUUAAUCUGUUAACCUGGGGACGCAGCAGCAAUCAUCGACAUGCCGAGUGUCGCCCACUUGUGGUGGAACUGGCCGGCCAGCAUGGUGGCGCCUUGGUGAUGAAUCUUGUACAAGCAUCGGUGUUUCAACUGCACAGCUAUAUGCUUGCCGAUGUGGCCGAAGUGCUCUGCGAGCUAAAGCAUGUGGUGGACAAUACUCAAAUGGAAAUGUUUUUAAGCCAGGCGUUGGAGGCGCUGCCCAAGAAAAACAGCGGUGGCUACGUGACCGCCACCCAAGAGCAACUCGAUGAGUUUAGCAACACUGUGCUGAGAGCGGACACAACAAAGGCUGUAUCGCAGGCUUUGAAAACCUUUACGCGUCUAUAUCGCUAGCAAGAACUUUACGCCGGUCUUAGUAAAAGCCACAGCAUCGCCUUAAUUUAAUUAUCAUUUGUACAUUUGGAAUUAUUUAUGUAUGUGUAUAUGCAUAUAGAGACUUGUUCGUGCUUGCAGAAGCAGCAUUAUAUUUAUAUAUAUAAAUAAUACAUACGAUUUAUGUAAUUAUAGUUGAAAAGCGCGUUAAUGCAUAAGGACGACAUAAGUGAAAUAUAUUUGUUAAUUUAAAUGGAUUGCGGUCCUAAGAUCCUCACAAAACUUUACAAAAAAAAAUUAGCUUAAGCUGAAUAGUUUAAAAUGCACUUUAGGACUAAAAAAAAAAAAU